CGCGGUUGCGAAGUAUUUUAUAUCGACAAUGAGAUAAUGCUAUAUUCAAUUUGUUUCUCACUACUUGGCAAAUACGGACGCAUUUAAACGUCUUAAUCUUUUGACAACUAUUAUUAUCUUACCUUUCAUUCACACUUCUCACUAAUCCAUGAUGCUAUUCUUAGUAAUAGCCUUUUCUUAGUAUCGUUGAUGUGAGAUAUACAAUAACUCAUAUCACUGAUAGAUUACUCAUAGACACGGAACAAGAGUGUAAAAUGUAGAAAAAUGUAAUUUAAAAAUUUAUUUCAUACCUUCAAUUAUAUUCGACGAGUCAUAUUGAACAAAACAUGUUCGAUCAAGCGCAUGAAUGAAUUAUCGCACUUGGCCAAAGAAUUUUCUAAAGAAUUUUGGAAACUCGGAAGAGGGGUAUACUUUGACCUUUGUCUAUUUGGUGGUAAAAUGGCCAAUGGUGACCACACGACGACCCUGCCUGUGUACACGUUAAAUCUCGUGUGAUAGCUCUGCCUGUAAUCUCGGGGUUAUCCAGUCAGAUUUACGUCGCGUUCAUCAGUCGUACACUCGUCGCCAUCGCGUUCGUUUCAGGUGAUUCCCUGCGCGAUGCAUCUCUCCUGCUUAAUCAGCUUCGCUUUUCUAGGGCUACAAGCGUCAAACGCAGCUGACUGGGAAUAUUGGGGAAAAUACGGACCAAAGAAUUGGCCGGGAGUAUGUACGACAGGGCAUAAGCAGUCGCCGAUCGAUAUUGUGACGGAAGAUGCUGAAAGAACCGAUCUUGGUGCUCUCAAAUUUCACCGAUACGACUUCGCAUUUUCCAGCACACUGGUCAACACUGGACACUCUGUGCAAAUUAUAUUGGACGGAGUACCGAUUCAUCUGAGUGGCGGUAGUCUGCCAUCGGUAUACAUUCUGGAGCAGAUGCAUUUUCAUUGGAGCGCCGAGCAUACAGUGGAUGGUCAACGUGACCCGUUGGAAUUGCAUUUGGUGCAUUACGAUCAACAAUACGCGAAUUUCAGCAACGCUGCUCAAUACGAAAACGGGAUUGUCGUAGUGGCCGUUUUGUUUGAGUUGAGCAACUAUGACAACGAAGACCUGAUGUCGAUCCUACAGGCGACGAAAAUGGUGUCUCAUUGGGUGGGAAAGAACGCGGUACCAUUGAGGAGCAAACUGAUACCUUUUCUCCUUUUACCAAAGGAUCAUACGACGUACUAUCAUUACCAGGGAUCCUUAACCACGCCUGGAUGCCAGGAAUCUGUGAUGUGGUUUGUCAUGACUGAGAAACUCACGAUAUCGGAAGUACAGAUGGAUGUAUUCAGACAUCUGGAAGGCAGCAAUGGUACGCUAAAGUUCAACUACAGACCUACACAGGAGCUUGGAGAUAGGAAAGUGUAUCAUCGUCUAGAAGGAUAUACUGGUAGCACAUCAGUGUUAUCCUCGAAUAUUAUAUACACGAUUCUCAAUGUUCUUCUAGUCAGAUUUUUAAGUUCCAGUGGGAUUCUUUAAUUCCGCAUUAGCUAAGUGAGAGUUGAACUUCUAAUACACCUAAAGUGAUGUGACAAUUACGUGAUAUUAUUCAUUGUAAUGCUUCGAAAAAUAUAUGAAAUACGUAUGUAUUAUAUUACAGAUGAUGAAUGUUGCGUACGUUUGUGCAAGUGCAUUAAUCGAUAAAAUAAUGUAUCUUACGUUAACAUUGGAUGCUCUAAACCUGUUAUCAAUAGUAAUAUAAAAUUAAAAAAUAUAUAAAGAUAGUAGUUUCUAGAGCAAUAAAGAUAUUUUUGGAAAAAAAGUUUAUAAUUCUAUUUCAAAUUCUAUUGAUAUAAUAGAUUCGGAUCAUCCAAUGUUAAAAGUUCUUCCGUGAUAAUUUUAAAUAUAUAAAAAUUCUUUUUAUAUAGAUAUUUUAAGAUGUAAUAGAUACGCAUAAAGAGAAGAGAUAUAUUAUCAUUUGAUACACGCAAUAUAUUUGUAAGUGAAAGUUGACAUUUAUAUUAAUGAUACUGACUUUUACGAACAUAUGCCAAAGCGAAUAUCAAAUAAAAUAGUGCAUUUUUCUAAAA